GUAAAGGGAAAGUGUGUCUCUCAACCAAAAGUUCCGCAUCACUCAACAGAUAACUGGAAGGAAGGAUAAUGUCGGAUUCGUCUAUCGGUGAAGCCGUUAGCCGAGUACUCCAAGGUUACGACUGGACUCUGGUGCCAACUCCGGUCAACAAACAAUGCUCGUCAGAGAAGAAGCACGUUAAGAGACCUAUGAAUGCUUUCAUGGUCUGGGCUCAGGCAGCCAGAAGAAAGUUGGCCGAUCAGUAUCCUCAUCUCCAUAAUGCGGAACUCAGCAAGACGUUGGGAAAAUUGUGGAAGUUACUAAGCGACCAAGAGAAGAAACCAUUCAUGGAAGAAGCUGAACGGCUGCGUGUUAUCCACAAGCGAGAUCAUCCAGACUACAAGUACCAACCCAGGCGGAAACCAAAGACUUGUGUCCGAACAGACACGUCACGAGCUGCGACUAACAAGACGGGCAUCAAGCCAAAGCAAAGCAAGACAGUGAACGUGCCACCUACGCCUCCCACUCCACCGAUGACACCCAACAGAUCACAUCUCCGCACAAAAGAAGGUGUAGGACAGCAAAUCGACAUGGACCAAAUCGGUGAAUAUUCUGCUGUGGUCAACGAACUCAAUCAAUAUCUUCCCCCAACUGGCACAUGGAAUUACUCCAACUAUGCCCCAUUUGGGAUGCAGUGUUUCAACUCCGCAGCUGACCAUGAUGAGCCUCUGACCAACUACUAUCCGCCAGAUGAUCAAAGCCAAGUGAAAUACCUCGUGAACAGCGAUCUCAAAUGGACGUGUACUCACCAAGAGACGGACUACGAAACGGGACUACCAAACGCAGAUCUUGGGGGAUUCUCCAGAUACGACGUUAGGACAGGAAUGGAUCAAUGGUCCUUUGUUUCGUGACUGCUGUUAAACAGUCAUCUGCCAUCUUGAAUCUCGCUAUUUAACGACAAUUUCGGAACUGUUUCCUUAGUGAACCACACAUGAACGUGACCAAGUUGCUGUCGUCACAACACAUAUUGUUAUGACAGCCGGUUCUGCCUUUUGGCAGAGCAAUAAAUCGUUUUCGUGGACGAGGG